AUGGGUUGUACUCUGUCCAAAGAGGAGCGUGACGCUCUAGAACAGAGCAGAAACAUAGACAAAAAACUGAAGGAAGAUGGCAUGCAAGCUGCCAAAGAUGUAAAACUUUUACUGCUCGGCGCCGGAGAGUCCGGGAAAAGCACUAUCGUCAAACAAAUGAACUAUAUCUCACCUGACGGAGAUGAAGUGUCGGUGCGCAUACAGAAGGCUCGGUCGGCCUCCCUAGACUACAGUGGUUGGGCGUGUGUUAUGUGUAUUGUGAUGGAAGGCGGUACAAAGAGGGCCCCGGCUAGUGAACGAAUCAAGAAUGGNACGCGCAGACGUAGCGACUGA